GUCCUUAAGUCUCUUGACUUGUGUGCAUCUAAUAAAUAACGCUGUGAUGAAUGGCUAAACUUGAACUGCUGAGAAUAUUCACCUUUCUGCUGCAGAGAGACAAAAGGUAUGAAUCUAAAUCUGCUAACAGGUUAUGGGCCCAGAUACGAUGAAUUAUUCAACAGUUUGAAGCGCACGUGCGAUAACGAGGCGAGAAGUUUGCCUGUUAGCACGUUUAGCAUAGGAGUAGCUAGUUAGCCAUGUGGUAAGCUAAUUUAGCAUCGGGAGAACCGAGGACCUAAGCUAAGCUACUGAAGCUACAAACGCAAAAGCCAUUGCGAAUAGAACCACGAGGAAGAGCAAGUGGCCCACGUUUUACGGGAAAGCAGAAGAGUAUGAGCUCUGGGAAGAGAGGAUGCUGUGUUGCAUGCACAGAGUGGGAUUGAAGGAGACCAUCCUUCGAGCACCCACUGGAGAGCUGACAGCGGCACUGAGGGCUCAAGACGACAAGCUCAAUGCUGACGCCUAUUGUGAGUUAGCGCCGCUACUCAACAAUACCAGUUUAGGCCUGAUAUUCAGAGACACGAAGGACAAGGAGGAGGUCGAGGACAUUAAAAAGUCGCUCGACUUUCUGGCGGAGGACAUUUCUGCUGUCAGGUUGCAGCAGAAAAACAUUUUGGACCUUGUAAAAAAGAGGUUAAGGAUCUGCGGAUCCAGAAUGCUGAGAAGGACAAGAGGAUAACUUACCUGGAGAGCAGAGUGGAGGACCUUGAGCAAUAUACCAGGAUGAACAAUGUUAUCGUUACCGGGCUCAACAUAAAACCCAGGUCAUACGCUCGUGCUGUGACCGUUAACAACAGGGGUGAGCCCGGGGAGCUUGAUGUCAGCUCCACAGAGCAACAGGUGGCUGCUUUCCUCCAGUCCAAGGGGAUCGAACUGGACUGUGAGAACAUCGAGGCAUGCCACCCCCCUGCCAAGGAGUAACGCUGGCAACAAACCGGCUAUUCUCAUCAGGUUUGUGAACAGGAAACACAAAACGGCCUUACUCAAACAAGGAAGGAAGCUGAAAGGAUCAGAUGUCUACAUCAACGAGCAUCUGACCAAGUACAGCGGCGACAUAGCAAGAAAGGCUCGCUUCAUGACAAAACAGAGGAAAAUUCAGAACACCUGGACAACAAACUGCAAAAUAUUUAUAAAGCUAAACGGAACACCUGAGGAGGCCAAAGUACUGGUAUCAGAAACAUGGAGGAUCUGGAUGAAUACCAAUAAUCUUCAUGUUCUGGACCACACAUAAGGUGGAAAGGUCCUUUCCAGGUAUUAAUAGUGACCAGAACAGCCCUGAGAGUACAAGGUAGAGCGGAGUGGAUUCACGCUUCAAGAUGUCGUCUCUCUCCUCUACCGGAUGCUGGCGUGUGAAGGCAGUCAUCAUCAUAGUCGUUCUAGGUUUACUAUACCUGGCCAAGGACGCCCUGCUAGAUGAAGCUGUGAAAAUCCCAACGACAGGUGGCGGGGGACCCCGCCCCUCUGAGGGAGAAAAUAAGGUGCUCUUAUCUAAGAGCGCAGACGACUUGACCACUCAGGGCCCAGACCCUGAGGGCAAAACAACACCAACGGGCAAAGCAGUGCCUAGCGACAAGGACAGGUUGUAUCCAAACACCACACAGACAUUCAGUAUGGUGCAAGAGACACAAAGAGAGAGAAAAGGAGGGAGAAUAAGGAGGAUUGUCUCCCUCCCUGGUCAUAAGUCAGAGACUAUUUCCUUUAACUGCCCAAUUUCAAUAUGUGACUCAUCUAACUGUAUUAUUGUGUUUCCUGUGUCCUUAGUUUACCCAACAUGGGAGAUGUAUCCAAAGAACCAGUACUAUUGGUUCGGGGUCUCAUCAGAGGGGGUAAGAAUGGCUCUCAACACCAUUGAAGAAAUGCCCCCAGAACCGUGGUGUAGCACUGUAGAACAGUUCAAGACGCUGAUAAGGGAUAAGGUAAAAUGUACAAUGAGGAAGCCAGAUUACCAGGUUCCCAAUCCAGGUGUCACUGCAUGCACAUUUACUGGACCAGAUAGCAAAACAAAUGUUCCAUCUACUCCACUUAAACAAUCAGGAGGUGAUGUUACUCCACUUAAACAAUCAGAAGGUGAGGUAGAUUCUUCAAAAAAGGCCUUAAUUACUCCUUUUAAACGAACUAAAACUAAUUCUGCAGUAAGUUUAAUGUUAGACUACGCACAUGAAUGUAAUGUUAGCAACUGUUGGUUGUGCCAAAAUAUGCCAGAAUCAAUGCAUUCUCCUAUGUUUAGCCCAAUUCCUUUCACAAAAGCUGAUUACGGUUUAGUGAGCUGGAAUGACAUAGCAUCCAGAAUUAGCGACGAGGCGGAGGAUUGUUAUACUCCUUCCUACCCCAUAGACUCUGAACAACCCUUACAGUACAAGGGUUUAGUCUCUCUCAUUGUUGAUACAGUAAAUAAAAAUUACCUGCCUGACGGUUUCAAACGGUUGAUGUUUUUAAAACUGUAUAUGAAGAAAUACGUUAACCUAGCUUUUGAAUAUAGAUUCCAGUUAGCUCUAGCUCAGACUAAUUGUUCGGCUAACGUCACAAGUCCAUGCAUAAUGCAACCACACACACCCGCUUUGUUAGUUGAAGCUUUGGUAACAGUUGUGCCCUGGUUCGGCUCUAGAACAGUGGACUCCGUUGAGGUUAAAAUACAUAACUGUACGCAGCCAAUACCCUUAGGCAAGCCCCCUACACGUGACUGCUCAGUAUAUGUUCCCCCAAUUGUUGUGCAUGAAUGGAAGAAUGUGUCCAUCUGCUUCCAGAAUGCAGUAGGAUCUCACACCUCUCCUGAUGUGGGACACAGCGACUGUAACACCAUAGUGAGAGUAAAUUUAGCCAGAAUUCCCCUCCCACAGAGAGUUUACUUAGUUUGUGGGGACCGGGCCUAUGGCUGUGUGCCCUAUGACGUUUUUUAUGGCACCUGUUAUCUAGCCUACCUAAUCCCUUUAAUCCGUAAAGUAGAGGCUAAGGAGAUCGCAGCGAUUCUUCCCUCUCUACACAGGAACAGCAGGUCAAUUACACAAGGACAACAGAUAGCUAGCCUAUUCUUGCCUUGGUACGGUAUUUAUGUUACUCAGCAGGAAAUUGUGGCACUGUCCAAAGUUGUAGAACACCAUCUAAAUGUAUCCAACACAGCGAUGUUAGCUGAACACAAAGAAUUGCAGGAAGUUAGGACAGUAGCACUACAGAAUCGUAUGGCACUGGAUCUUCUCCUAGCUGCUCAGGGGGGCACAUGCAAGGUGAUUGGAACUGAGUGCUGUUCUUUUAUUUCUGAUACCACACCUGAAGUUAUGGAUAUGGCUCAUGAUACUGCCAGGGGAAUAAAAGAAUUGCAUGAAACUCAUGGGUUUACAUUUGGGGAUUUAAGUGGAACUUUUGGAUCCUGGGGAGCGGGGCUGGUUAAAUUUGUUGUUACUGUUUCAGUGUUUAUCUUGGUUGUGCUAAUCCUAGUGAUCUGUUUGAUCACUGUAGUUAAAUUAGCCAUACGAAGGGUUGCCAAGACCGCCCUCCAGGCCCCACAAAGGCUAGUGGGGCAUUCGACUGUAAAGAACACAAUAUUAAUGUACAACGCUGAGCUCCCCGAUCCCUGGGUCUCCAUCGUGAUCUCCGACCCGUGGGUACCUCCAUUCAGCGAUUGAGAUGUUGUUUAAAGUUGAUAUUCUGAAUAAAGAACAGAUGUUUUGAUAAUUGAUUACAGUUGAUACACUGGAUUAAAGGACAAAUGUCUGAUUUUUCCUUUGCAGGUUGU